AUGGAGUCCGAGACCUCCAACGGCGUCGUGAUCGAGAACGGUGAAGACGCAUAUUCGCACAAGACCAAGCAAAACUAUAUGGAAGAACAAGAUGUGACACUCUACAGCGUUUUCAACAGUUUCAUAUCAUCGGCUUUCUUUCCCAAUCCGGACUCAAGCUAUGCAUCCAUGCCUUUUGUGCAGCGAAUCAAAGCUGCACUCUCCGUGAAUGUUCCUUUGCUUCGCGAGGCUUCACGGAACACCGGACAUAAUGUUCUUCUGUGGACUCGCCGUGGCAGUCCUCUCCGAGCCCUCCUUGUUGUAUCUGGUGUUAUAGGCAGAAAACAGUAA